AUUAGAGUCGGGUUCGAUUCCCGAUGGCCGCAUUCAAAGACACUCCUCUGCUGUCAAGCACAGUGUGAGGAGUUACCAGUAACUUUUGUUUGCUUGGCCCCUUACCAUUUUGGAUGAUUUUGGGAUGGCUUGGCGGCGAGAUUCAAGGUUGAGAUGACAUGUUGCUUUGGUACAGAGAACCCCUCCAUUUUCUUGCAUCUACACAUAUUUUCGACCCAUUUUCCUACUUUUUUUUGUUCCACAAGAGCACUCGAUACGCGCCACAAUUGACAGCUCUCCCCUCCCCUCUUUCAAGAACAAAUGCCAUGAUCAACCCCGCAUCAUCCCACGGGAAAUCUUCCGUGCAUUUUCCAGGGGCGGCUCGUUCUGGACGGCGGAUUAUCGGCAUCCUUGCAGAACUUGGCAUCGGAUAAUCUGCAGGGCGUCCCCUGUAUUGGCUUGGCUGCCACUGUCUGGGGUCUUGGGGGGGGUUGAGAGGCGGGAGGACAAGCUCCUGCAAAGCAGACUCUUGGACUCUUGUCAAGUGGCCUUUUGAAGGGUCUUUUUCUUGAGCUUGCCAUCAUGAGUGUAUCAUGGGGACCGUCUCUGUUUGUUUUGUUUCGGCCUUUUCUCAUCUGACUAUGACGCUGCCUUGAUGUCAACGACAAACAACACGAUGUGCUCGCGGCAUUGAUUGCUUACCAACUCGAUUUCAGGAUAUCAAGGGGGAGUUAAUAGGUUGCGGCAUCUUUAUGGAACCAAGAUGAGGAGAGCUGAAGAGAGCUCACCAUUUCGCAAGCCGUUCAGCAUGGCGGCUGCUCCGUUACGUUUUAGGGGGAUGCCCCGGAGGAGUCGCUUUUUGGUGUAUGCGUUGGUAUUUAUCAGUUUCUUGUAUCUGAUACCGAGGAUGCACUUGGGUAUGGGUGGGACAUUGUUGUUUUUCUUGAUAUCUCCUGAGGCUGCUGGACCUUAUGGGGUUGGACACAAGGUUGAUAUCUUGCGAUAUGUUGAUCCCUUGAUCGGGACGACGAAUGGUGGUCAUGUUUUUCCUGGAGCAUCAUUGCCCUAUGGCAUGGCCAAAGCAGUCGCCGACACAAACAGUCACGCUGAAAACGCCGCCGGCUUCGUGUCCGACAACAGCGAGAUCCUCGGCUUCUCACAUAUGCACGACUCUGGGACAGGCGGCCAGCCAUCCAUGGGUAACUUUCCCCUUUUCGUCCAUGCAGGCUGCCCAGAGGAUGAUCACAAGCAAUGCGUCUACUCCCUCAUGGACCGCCCCAUCGCCAGAGUCAACGGCUCCGCCUUUGCCGCCCCAGGAUAUUUCAGCCUCAACCUCACCAACCAUGUGCGCGCAGAGAUGACAGUCACUGAACACACAGCUCUGUACCGCUUUUCCUUCCCAGGAAACGACACCCUCACGUUGAAGAGCGACGACCCGCUCAGGAAGAAGGAUGUCGAUAUCACUUACUCGCCUAUUAUCCUUGUUGAUUUGGUUGAUCUGAUGAACAGCAGGUCAACGGGCGGGAUCCAGGUGUACAAUCAGUCUGGACGUAUCGUCGGUGAAGGACAGUAUCAGCCUUCUUUUGGAGCAGGAAGAUACAACGCCUUUUUCUGUGCCGACUUCAAAGGUGCUGCCAUUAGAAAGACGGGGACGUUUAUCAGUAAUAAUGCCACUGAAGGAGUCAACUUUCUGGACGGGGUCGGUAAUGGCUUCUACAUCCCCUCUGGCUCGGCCGGUGCCUGGAUUCAGUUUGAAAAACCGGUUGAGAAUAAUCAUGAGAUUAUGGCUAGGGUGGGCGUGUCUUUUAUCAGCGUGGAUCAAGCUUGUGACAAUGCUGAGAGAGAGAUUGCGGACUACAACUUUGAGAGGGUGGAGAGCCAGGCGAGAAAGGAGUGGAGAAAGAAGCUGGAGGUGGUUGAGGUGGAUGGGACGGGAGUGAGUGAGGAUAUGCUGACCACUUUCUGGUCGGGGUUGUACAGGACAUUGCUGUCGCCACAGAAUUAUACGGGGGAGAAUCAGCUGUGGAAUAAUUCCACCGAGCCAUACUUUGACUCAUUCUACUGCAUCUGGGACUCCUUCCGAGCCCAGCACCCCCUUCUGACCAUCAUCGACCCCCCAGCCCAGACAGACAUGAUCCGCGCCCUUAUCGACAUCUACCGCCACGAAGGAAAACUCCCCGACUGCCGCAUGUCCUUCAGCAAAGGCUACACCCAAGGCGGCAGCAACGCCGACAUCGUCCUCGCCGACGCCUUUGUCAAGAACCUCACCGACAAUAUCGACUGGGACACCGCCUACAAAGCUGUCCUCUCCGACGCGGAAGAAGAGCCUCAAAUGUGGGGUGUCGAGGGCAGAGGCAACUUGGAAAGCUGGCAUAAACUGGGGUACAUCCCCUGGGAUGACAUCGACACCAACGGCACAGGCCCAAUGUCCCGCUCCAUUUCCCGCGGUGUGGAAUACGCCUACGAUGACUUUGCCAUCUCCCUCCUCGCCUCCGGCCUUGGCCACGACGCAGACGCCAAAAAAUACCACCAGCGUGGCUCCAACUGGAGAAACUACUGGAACCCGGAACAGGCUGACCUCUACCGGGAAGACCCAGAUGGUCCGGUGCUCAAGACAAAGUUCAAGGGGUUCAUGCAACCGCGCAAACUAGACGGCUCGUUCCGCUAUGAAAACACCCGAGCUUGCUCCCCGGUGCACAACAUGCACAUCUGCUAUUACGACACUCAUCUCAGCUCCUACGAGGGCUCACCGUGGCUGUACUCAUUCUUUGUCCCGCAAGACAUGGACAGCUUGAUCACGCUUAUGGGGGGGCCGGACGCGUUUGUGGAGAGGUUGAAUUACUUCCACACGAGCGGGAUUUCGUACAUGGGGAAUGAACAGGGUUUUUUACCUGUUUUUCAAUUCCAUUAUGCCGGGCGACCGGCGAUAUCUUCUUACUGGGUGCGCUCUUACAUCCCUUCGCUGUUCAACAGUUCAGUAAACGGCAUCCCGGGUAACGACGACUGUGCCAUGGGUGCAUUCUCGGCGUUUGCAAUGAUGGGGUUUUUCCCCGUUGCAGGACAAGACGUCUACCUGCUCACGCCCCCCUUUUUUAGGGAGGUAAAGAUCAAGGCGAAGUCGGGGGGGAACAAGUGGGCGGUGAUCAGGGUCAAGAACUUUGAUCCGGAGGGGAGGAGGAUAUACAUCCAAUCUGCCACCCUAAACGGGAGGAGAUACACCAGGAACUGGAUCACGCAUGAGUUUUUUAUCAAGGGGGGCAUCCUCGAGUUUGUGGUGGGCGAGGAGGAAGGGAAGGAGUGGGGGAGGGGGGAGGAGGGUAGGCCGCCUAGUUGGUACAGUGAUGAGGAUUUUGGGGAUUGGGAUGGGAAUAAGGGGGUGGAGGGGGUGGAUGCGGAGGAGGAGGAGAGGCAGGCGGGGAGGAGGGGGAGAUAG